GAUUGGGAAUUGUCCUUGUUUUCCCUAAGGGCGAUUACUUGGAAUUUGCAGCCAAAGUGGGGUUCAAAGUAUCCAAUAAUGAGACCGAGUAUGAAGCAGUAAUCAAAGGCUUGAGUUUAGCCAAGGCGGGAGGAGCUCGAAAAGUACAAGUGCAUUCUGAUUCUCAACUGGUGGUUGGGCAGUUUCAGGAGGGGUUUGAAGUCAAGGAGGAUCGGAUGCAAAAGUAUGUAGAUGAGAUGAGAAUGUUGAAGGAGGAGUUCGAUUCAUUCGAUCUGAUACAAAUUCCUCGAGGAGAAAAUGGUCGGGCGGACCUGCUAUCAAAAAUCGCUCAGAGCUUGGUGGAUUGUAAGAGCAGGAGUGUUACUUUAUUGCAUCUGGAAAAAAGUAUGGUCGAAGCAGAAGUGGCGGAGAUCGAAGAAGUGGAAGACUGGAGGGCCCCGAUCUUGGAGGAGCUGAAAGAAGGAACGAUAAAGGUGGUGAGGAGGUUUUUUGAGCAUGGAGGUAUUCUUUACAAACGGUUGUAUGGGGGACCACAUUUGCGGUGUGUUACUAAGGAAGAGGGUCGAUAUGUGCUGAGAGAGAUGCACGAAGGAUGCUAUGGUGACCAUAGCAAGUCAGGGGCUUUGGUCGCAAGGAUUUUGAGGGCGGGAUAUUUUUGGCCAACGAUGAGGGAAGAUGCGAAAGCGAUGGUGAAGAAGUGCUUGCAAUGCCAAAAAACAUGGUCCUCUUAUUCACCAACCGGCAGAAGCAAUGACAACGAUGAGUGCCCUCACACCAUUCGCCCAGUGGGGUAUCGACCUGGUGGGGCCGAAGCCUCAGGGAACCGGGCAGAGGAA